AUGGGGUGUCCAGAGUGCAACAAGGAGUUCAGUAGCAAACAAAGGCUGCGAAACCAUGCUAAGCGUGGCGUUUGCGCACCUAUCGUCUGCGACGACUGCGAUAAGGAGUUCAGCAGCAAGCAGAGACUACGGUACCAUGUCGAUAAUGCGGUUUGCCGUCGUACCAACAAGUGCGAGGAUUGUGGCAAGGUCUUGAGUUCCCAUCAGCGCCUCUUAAGUUACGAAAAGACUCACGAAGUCGUCUUUCAAAGGGUAGCAAAGAGUUACGACCUAGAAGGAGUGGAUUGUUACGAAUGUGGCGACAUAAUGAGCCGAUGCAAACACAACGACGAAUACAUCAAGGAUCGUAUCCGCUACAAAAGAAAGAUGCAUAAGACCUUCCCAUUCUUUGAUCUCGUGGAAGGCGUUCCAUGGACAAAUAGAGAAUACUGGAGGCAGGAAUGCGAUAGGUGCGGACACGUAAGGGAGGAGGAACAUAUCACCAAUGGCUGCCUUACCCACUAA